CCAGUGUCUCGUCCGAACAUCACUAUCACAUUCAGACGCAGACCCCAACAACUACGAUCAUGGUUUCCAAGAUGAGUAUAGUUUCCCUGCUGAUAGCUUGCAUGAUCGCCUCCGCCAUGGCCCAGAGAUCGCCCUACGCCGGAGCCUCCGAUCCUGGAGUACUUCCCCAAUAUCUUCCUAAAGACGAGAACAACCGUUUUGGCGCUGACAGUGCCCCCCUGAACCCCGGUACCCCAGCACCCGCUCUACACCCUGGUACAUUGGAGACUGAAGCUCUCUACAACCGAGUGCAGAGCUGGCCUGACGACAAGAAACCUUUCUGGUUCCUCAACUCACAAGCGCUCGAUGCUCAGAGAAAGAAACAACAACAACAACAACAACAACAAGCUCAACUAGAAGCAACAAAGAACCGUCAGUCGCCUUUCGCUGCUGGAUCCAAGAGGAAGACAAACUAACAAAAGAAACAUUUUUAUGAUGGACGUGCUUUUUAUAACUGUGAUAUUUUAAUUAGGCUCAUUAGUUUUGAUAGAUUUGUUGAAACAGUAAAACAUCUUUGAUGAAAUUAUCACUUAUGUAGAUAUAGAUAAUUUAAAUAAAACAAUCUUGACUCAUUUUCAUUACCAA